AUGGGAACCUACAAUGGUAUACCGAAAGAGCAAGCGCCUUCCAUAGAAGUCAAGUCGCUCUCCUAUGCAUUCCAAGAUGGUUCCUCUGGCCUCCGGGACGUAGUUCUUAGCCUUCCGCCCGGCAGUCGAACAUUACUAAUCGGCGCGAAUGGCGCUGGUAAGACAACACUACUCCGCCUGCUCUCUGGCAAACGGAUGGCCCCAACCGGCACAGUCAGCAUCGCUGGAAUCGAUCCAUUUACCUCUGGCCUCGAAGGCGUCACCUAUCUCGGUCUCGAGUGGGUGCUCAACCCCAUUGUACGCACCGAUAUUGACGUACCCACUCUCCUCGCCUCCGUAGGCGGCGAUUACUACACCGAGCGAAGGGACGAGUUGGUGGAAAUUCUUGACAUUGACCUGGCAUGGCGGAUGCACGCUGUCAGUGAUGGGGAAAGGAGAAGGGUGCAGCUCGCCAUGGGACUUCUGAGGCCGUGGCGGGUGCUGUUGCUGGACGAGAUCACAGUUGACUUGGAUCUGUUGAGUAGGAGUAAUUUCCUGGGAUUUUUGAAGAGGGAGACGGUGAGCAGGCCUUGCACGAUCGUGUAUGCAACGCAUAUCCUGGACAAUUUGGCCGACUGGCCAACGCACCUAGUGCACAUGCACAUUGGAAGAGUCAAGGAAUGGGGUGGCGUCGGGAAAUUCAACGUUGGUGGAAUAAAAAAGAGUGGGAACAGUCAAUUGGGAGAACUGGUGCUGGAGUGGUUGAAAGAUGAUUUGAGAGAAAGAGGCCCACGGGGAGGACGACCGAGUGAGGGGAAGACUUACGAGAGUCUGGAAGGUAAAGGUGGUUAUGGGAAUGAGAAGAGGACCUGA